UAAACUAAAAAUAAAAACAAAACAGACAUACUGCAUUAUCUAAAGAAUCAAGCUAGAAGAAAUUAAUUAAAGAUUAUAGUGAUGGAUCGUGGUGCAUUAGUUAUUGUAGGUGUGGUGUUUGUUUCCAUGGUUAUUGUGGUUAUGGCAGAAGGACCAACUCCAUCACCAAUACCAUCACAUAAGGCUGAGACUCCAAAUACAUCUUCAGCAACUAUGGAGAAAGCCCCUACAUCAUCAACAACAACUAUGGAGAAAGCCCCUACAUCAUCAUCAUCAUCAUCAUCAUCAUCACCAUCAUUAUCAUCAUCUGUUUUAGCACCUAAAGCUGCAUCACCAACAACUAAUCAUGCAAUUCCAUCAAUUUCACCUUCUGUUAGCCCAAAAAGUUCAACUUCUGAAUCUCCUACAUCAUCAGAAAGUCCUAGUUCUGAUGAUUUGAAUGACUCACCACCAAGUAGCUCCCCUUCUGAAGGACCUGCUUCUGGGCCAUCAUCAGAUGCUCCAGCAUCAACUGAAUCAACACCAGCUGAUGCUCUAACUCCACCUCCUAAGAAGAAUGCUGCCUUCACCCUUAACUUAUCACCUGUUGCUGGUCUUAUUGCUGUUGCAGCUGCUUUCUUUUAUUGAUCAUAUUACCAUUUAUAAAUCAUGUGAGUAAUUUCAUUUGGCUAAUUAGGAUCGUCUACUUCAUUAUAAUUAAUUUUACACUUAUCAUUUCUUGAUUUGUAUAUAUUAAUUAUAAUAGAAGCAAUAUAAGUAGGAACAACGAAUCAUUCUUUUCAUUUGCCAAAGGAACAUGUAUUUCGUAUUCUCAUAUUAACCUCAUUUCGAGGCCCUUCUUAUUCAACCCCAAUUACUACCAUCUUGAAAUAAUAUUACUUACAUUAUUAAUAAUAUUA